AUGCCAACAAAUAGUUAUAGAAUUAAUCCUAAAGCUACUAAACCAAUUCAUUAUACAUUAUAUUAUGGGACAUUUAUUCAUACACCUAAUUUAACUACAUUAGAAAUCAAUUUUAAUACUUUAGUUGGAGUUAAUGAACAAGGUACUAUUGAUUUUAUUCAUAAAGAUUAUGAUUCAUCCCUUUAUAAUAAUAAAUCUCCUAUACAAUUCUUUAUUGAUCAAAAAAAUCACCACCACCGCCACCACCACCAAAGGGAUUCUUAUAAACAUUUUGAAUUUGUUGAUUAUUCUCAUGAUUUAACUAAAUUUUUUAUACCAGGAUUUAUUGAUACUCAUAUUCAUGCAUCACAAUAUCCUAAUAUUGGUAUUGGAUUAGGUACAUCAUUAUUAGAUUGGUUAAAAAAAUAUACUUUCCCCUUGGAAAAUAAUUUUUGUCAAAAAGAUGAAAAAUUACAAUUUGCUAAAGAAAUUUAUAAUCAAGUAAUUCAAAGAACUUUAGAAAAUGGUACUACAUGUGGAUCAUAUUUUACUACAAUUGAUUUUGAAACUACAAAUUUAUUUGCUGAAUUAUUAUUAAUUAAUGGACAACGAGGAUUUGUUGGUAAAGUUUGUAUGGAUCAUAAUGAACCAUAUGAACAAUAUCAAGAAUCAAUUGAUGAUUGUAAAAAAUCCAUGACAAAUAUAAUUAAUCAUAUUGAAAAAUUAACCAUUGCCACUAGUAAAAAUAAAAAUUUGGUGACACCAAUAAUUACUCCAAGAUUUGCCCCUGUAUGUUCUAAUGAAUUAUUAACUUAUUUAGGUAAAUUAAGUUAUGAAAAAAAUUUACCAAUACAAACUCAUAUUAGUGAAAAUAAACAAGAAAUUGAAUUAAUUCAUAAAUUAUUUCCUGAUUGUGAAAAUUAUGCUUCAAUAUAUAAUAAAUUUAAUUUAUUAACUAAUAAAACUAUAUUAGCUCAUGGUAUUUAUUUAACUCCAAUGGAAUGUAAAUUAAUAAAUUUGAAAAAUUGUUCAAUUAGUCAUUGUCCAACUUCAAAUAUUUUUUUAUCAAGUGGUGAAGCACCAAUUUAUAAAUAUUUAUAUCAUGAUAAAAUUAAUGUUUCAUUAGGAACUGAUGUUAGUGGAGGAUUUGAUUAUUCAAUUUUACAAAUCAUUAAACAUGCUAUUUUAGUAAGUCAUCAUUUGAAUAUGCAUACAUCAGACACCACCACCACCACUACUACUACUAAUAUUAAUGGUAAGCUUUCUAUUAGGGAUGGGAUAUAUAUGGCUACUAUGGGAGGAGCAAAAGCUGUUGGAUUACAAGAUAUUAUUGGAUCAUUUGAAAUUGGUAAACAAUUUGAUGUUCAAUUAAUUGAUUUACUGACAAGAUCAACCAACUAUAACUAUAACUAUAACCACAACCAUAAUAGUAGUAGUACUACUAAUACUACUACUAUUGGUAAUUCAUCAUCAAGAAUUGAUAUUUUCAAUUGGCAAUAUCCUAUCAAUAAAGAUUUAAAUAAAAUGGAAGAUUUAUUAGGUAAAUGGAUAUUUAAUGGUGAUGAUAGAAAUUGUAUAAAAGUUUGGUGUAAUGGAAGAUUAAUAGUUAAUAAAGAAAAAUAUAAUCAUCGUGAUGAUCGAUGGAUAAUUACUAAUAGAGGUUAUAACACAAGCUCAAACACAAGCUCAAAUACAAGUUCGAGUACAACUACAACUACAGCCACAAAUGUUACAGCACAAAUAAAUGGAAAUCAAGAUAAUUGGGAAUAUGUAUAG